UUAUUUUUUAUUCCAUCCUCGCUUCGUCCAUACUUAUUUAUUGCAUCGUAAAAAGAUGAAUCGAAAAUGUGUAAAUUUCUCUAUUUCCCCUCUAGUGUUCGAAGCAUCGCUAGGGUUUCGUAGCUCUGCAUUGCCCUGUUAAGCUCAGCUCAGAUAGUUGUUUGAUCAAGUAAAGCAAGUGAUUUGAUUUGGGGGGGGGAUAAGGAAGGGGAAAUGGUUUCGCCUGUAGCGGGUAUGACGACGAAGGCGCUUGAUUGGUUUUCGAUUGCGUUCGAUGCUCCCCUUGCCCGAGCAGUUGUUUUCGGGGUUCAUAUUGAUGGUCAUCUGGUUGUUGAAGUUCUUCUCAUUGCUGUCAUAUUGUUCCAGCUCUCGAGGAAGAGCUACAAGCCCCCAAAGAAGCCACUGUCCGAGAAGGAGAUAGAUGAUCUUUGUGAGGAAUGGGUUCCGGAGUCUCUUACUCCUUCUAUUACUGAUGAUAUGAAAGCUCAACCUCCUGCAUUGGAAAGUGCUGCAGGACCGCAUACCAUAAUUAACGGGAAAGAAGUCUUAAAUUUCGCAUCAGCAAACUUUCUUGGACUAAUAGGCCAUGAGAAGAUAAUUGAUUCCUGUGUUGGUUCCGUGGAGAAAUAUGGUGUUGGUUCUUGCGGUCCGAGGGGAUUUUAUGGAACAAUUGAUGCUCAUCUUGAUUGUGAAAAUAGAAUUGCAAAGUUCUUGGGCACCCCAGAUUCAAUCCUGUACUCUUAUGGAAUAUCCACAAUAUUCAGUGUAAUUCCAGCCUUCUGCAAGAAGGGAGAUAUCAUUGUCGCUGAUGAAGGUGUCCACUGGGCGGUUCAAAAUGGGCUUUAUCUCUCCAGAAGUACGGUUGUCUACUACAAACACAAUGAUAUGACAUCACUUGAAAAGACUUUGGAGAAAAUGACCCGCGGAAAUAAACAAGCAGAAAAGCUACGACGCUACAUAGUUGUUGAAGCUCUAUACCAGAAUUCUGGACAAAUAGCUCCAUUGGAUGAGAUUGUGAGGCUGAAGGAGAAAUACCGAUUUCGACUUAUAAUGGAUGAGAGCAAUUCGUUUGGUGUACUUGGAAAUUCCGGACGAGGCCUUGCCGAACAUUUUGGGGUUCCAAUUGAAAAGAUAGAUAUUAUAACUGCUGGAAUGGGCAAUGCUUUGGCUACAGAUGGAGGAUUUUGUACUGGAAGUGUCAGAGUGAUUGAUCACCAACGUUUGAGUAGCUCUGGUUAUGUCUUUUCUGCGUCUUUGCCGCCCUAUCUUGCAAGUGCUGCAAUUGCUGCAGUUGAUUACUUGGAGGCGAAUCCCACAGUCCUCUCAUCUUUGAGGAGAAAUAUUGCUUCUCUGGUGGAAGGUUUAUCAGAUAUUCCGGGAUUAACAGUCGCAAGCAAUCCUUUGUCACCUAUCGUCUUACUAAAACUAAAGAACUCCACUGGUUCUCAAAAGCGCGAUUUGCAGCUUCUCAAUAAAAUAGUCGAGAGGGUCUUGGAGGAGGAUUCAGUAUAUAUUGUCACCACAAAACGGUCCAACCUCGACAAAUGCCCGCUCCCAGUGGGCAUCCGAAUGUUUGUCUCCGCCGGCCAUUCCGAGUCCGAUUUGCAAAACGCUUCUGAUGCGUUAAAACGUGUAGCAGCAUCGGUAUUGUCUGAGCUCAAUUGAAUGGUUUUAGUCGGUUUGCGCAGCAUAAGUAGCUCGAAUGAAAGCUAAGAGUAGAUUCAUUUCUCAAAAAUGAAUAAUGUUUGCUUUGUUGCUUUAAGCAUGUGUAUAAAUCCGAUGGCCGGAUAGAUUCCACAACCAAAGAAAACAAUGAUGAAAGCAGUAGAUAUCUAUAAAAACAGUAGAUUUGGAGAUCAAAUGCAAUGCCUUUCUUUUCUUUUCUUUUCU